ACUGCCAUUUUUCAAUUAUGCAAUAUCAUGAAAUGCAAUCAACCGGCGUUCACCUUGAGGGGCCUGGUUCCCCAGAUUUUAGUCCGUGUAAAUUGAUGCAAUUUCUCUUUUCGGCAUGACUCAUCCGCCGCUGCAGAUAAGUCCCUGCAUCCACCGAUAAAGACCAACAGCUUGGAGCUUCGCUUGACUUGAGCCCCUCCAUAUCGAGCUCAGUGACACAAUUCAACACCUGCACCCAUACCAACAGCCAGCUCCCAUAUACCCAACACAAGUAAAAUUGCUGAAACCGUCGCCUCAAUGUCCAUAUAUCAGCUCGCCCAGCUGCUCCCGCUGCCAGAUGAGGAACUACAGCAGGUUCUCGACUAUGCCUCGACACUCUCAAAACCCGAAGCCGUCACACACUUUAGCAACCUCCUCGGCGAUUCGCCUGCCGUAAUCGAUUUUAUAUCCACCUUCAACGGUCGUCGAAAAGAUCCCGCGGCUCCCGCAGCAACUCCAGCCCCUCCAACCGCUUCAACGUCAAAAGCUCCGUCCAAAGCUUCCAAACCUGCCGCUUCUGAAACAAUAGACGCCGUUCCGAAAUCGACCAGAGGGCCGAAGAAGAAGAAAGCGCCAAUACACGUUCCAGAGGCUCGGAAAGUCGAGGACUAUGCUGGUCCAGCUGGAAAGGCAUACAAUAAAAAGGAUUCCGAUCUAGAGUACAUAUCUCAGCGAUCCAGUGCGCCGAGUAGCAAUCGCCCGUCAAGGACAGCCUCGCCAGCAAGGCCUUCCAUCAAGGAACCAACUGUUAAAAAGGCGGCACAACUUACCAAGGUGGAAGCGCCAGUACCAAAGCAAUCAAGCUCUACAGCGGCUGGCUAUCUCAUAUCGGACGAUCCAAAAAAGUCAAAGCCCAAGUCUACACCAGUUUCUCGUACGUCGACACCGAAGCCGGCCAACAGCGGAAAUGUCACCAAGAUUUCAAUUUCAGGAGGUGUGCCAAUGGCAGGCCAGUCUACGGCGUUGGCUGAUCUGGAUGCUGCCAUCCGAUCUCUAGAAAUUACGACAAACCCGACGCUAGAGAAGGACGCCAAGUCAAGGAAAUGCAAUUGCGUGGCGGCCAGGCAUCCUCUUCAAGCUGCGGCCCCCAACUGUCUUUCUUGCGGGAAAGUCAUCUGCUUGAAGGAAGGCUUAGGGCCAUGUACAUUCUGCGGAACACCACUACUAAGUUCCGACGAAAUCCAGGCCAUGGUUAGAGAGCUCAAGGACGAGCGUGGCAGGGAAAAGAUGGCCGCGAACGCAGCAGCUCAUCGCAGGGCAGAUGUGGCCAAGACGCCCGCACCAUUCACGCCGCCGCGAGGGUUGGACAGCGAUGCUCCAUCACUAUCUGAAGCGGCUGCCAAAGCGCGAGACCAUCGAGACAAGCUGCUCAACUUUCAAGCACAAAACGCCAAGCGCACGACAGUGAGAGAUGAAGCCGCAGAUUUUGACGUAUCGGGUGCCAUGGGUGGAAUGGGCAGCAUGUGGGCGACGCCCGAAGAACGAGCAAAGGAACUGAAGAGACAGCAGAAAAUCAUGCGAGAGAUGGAAUGGAACGCACGGCCAGAAUAUGAGAAGCGGCAGCAAGUUAUUAGCAUCGAUCUCGCUGGCCGUCGAGUUAUAAAGACCGUUGCACCUGUCGAACGCCCAGUCACACCAGAGGAAGAUGAAGCCCAGGAUUCCGACUCUGGUAUUCUACAGGAGACGUCUGGAAACAGGAACGCCGGCGGGGCAUUCAGUACAAAUCCACUCCUGGGGGCUGUGAUGAGGCCUAUCUAUGAUGCCAAAGGGAAAGGGGCUGAAGCAGAGGGCCGAAGCAGCCGCAGCAAGGGAUGGAGGAGGGUUCAAGACGACUUGGACAAUAACGAGGGAGUCAUUCUAGACGGAGGAGCGUAUGGCUUACAAGCGGUUGGCGGAGACGAACCGGAGCGCGGGUAGCGCGUGUAUAUUACGCACACUAUUUGAUGUCUCGUGAAGAUGGGGAGGGGUAGCGGUUACAAUACUUCCGGUAAUAGAUGCCCGUUGUAAAUGAAUCUCGUAGAAGUACACACGAUGCAAUGGACGCCAUGAAAUAGAAUACCUAGAACCAGGCAGCAUCUACUGAUUCUCGCAGCAUCUACUCUGUUUGUAUCUUAAACAAUACAUCGUGGAG